AUGGCCUCUGGGGCCUCCAGCGAACCGAUAACUGCUCAGUCAUCGCGAACGGCUGAUAACACGUCGCACGAUGGCAGCCCGGGACGCACUAGUGCAAGUCGGGAAAGGAUAGCCAGUAUUACAACAGAGACGCGGAACCUAGAACGAUCGAAAGAUCUCUCUAUCAAACGGCCGAGCGCAUUGCGUUCGCGUCGAACACCAAGGGGCACAGUUCUGCGAUUACGAGAAGAGGAUUUAGUACACAGAGACGAUGUACUCGAGAAUAUGAGCGAUGUCGGGUCUCUGGUCAAGGAUAAUACCCAAGAUUUGGUCAGCGCAGACGUGUACCCCGAGAGCGAGCCGUCCAACGAAGUUCCAUUGCUAUCUCUCGUUGUCACAAAGCGAAAAGGCAAAACAAAGGCCCUUAUGGAUGACUACGACCUCGUUUCCAAGCCCGGAUCUCGUGCAAUCAUAACGCUCGACGACGACGACCAGGAAUUCUUGGACGAGUGGGCUCCCGACUUUUAUGUCGAGGAGGAGGAGCACUAUAUCUACCCGUCAUACUCGGAUGUUGUACGAAAUGGCAUCCAGGAGAAGCAAUUACAUGUCAUGUCAUGA